AUGGGCAGAGCCAGGAGACCAUAUGACCGCCUACCCUCGAGAAGUAAUAACAGGCAUUUGGGAUCGAACCAGUUCAAAAUACCAGAAUACAGUCUCAGCAUCGAACCAACCCAGGUCGUAGCGAUAAUGAAAGGAAUGGGAUCCGCCGUCAAGUGGCCUGACUGCAUCGCCUUGCGGAUCGAGGUUGCCGUACUUCUAAAGAGAGGACAUCUCCGUGAUCUACUCACUGACAAGGGGAAGAACACCAUUAGCCAGAAAAGUUCCAAACAACAGUCGCCUCCUCCGCGAGAACCCACACUGAAGGGUUUAUGCUCGCUAAUCUCCGGAGGAUCAGAAAUCAGUGGGGUAAGUUACUCAUCAGCGAAACGGCAUGCUAGAACUAGCCACCAUGAAGUCCAAUCCAUCCACCCGGUCUCGAAGUCAUACUCCCAUCAGGUAAUUCAGUUCGAGGAUGACGAACCGAUCACCCUAGCCGCUCCUCACCACGACGCUUUAGUCCUCUCCCUGCAAAUAGCCAACAUCCUAGUGAAAAGAGUGUUCGUAGAUGGGGGUUCGUCAGCAAAAAUCCUAUUCCUCGAAGCGGUCAAAGCAAUGGGACUGGAAGAAGCAAAUAUCAACAGGCGACCGACACUGCUAGUUGGAUUCAGCUCGGAGCAGAAAUACACCAUCGGGGAGAUCAUCUUUCCUAUCUAUGCCGGCAGAGUAAACAAACAGACAGUCUUCCUGGUGAUCGACUGCCCAUCCCCUUACAACGUCAUCUUAGGCCGUCCCUGGAUCCAUGACAUGCGGGCAGUCCCAUCUACUUUCCACCAAACAAUCAGAUUUCCGACCAAGUGGGGAGUACGAGAGAUAAAGGGUGACCCUAAAGCUUCCAGGGACUGCUACAAAAAUGCCUUCAAAGGCACGGGAAACUCUUCAUAG